UGGGGGUGUGAGGCAUCCAUAUCCAUGGGCUUAAUUUGUGGAUAUGAGCCCUGAGAAGCAGAUUAAAAAUCUUCCGCAAAUUAAAACCUUACCGUCCUCGUCUUCAUCUGCACACCAACUGCAGAAACCAGGUACUUUCUUUAUAGCUCAUUAACAUCUGUUCAAUUUCAUGGCUCUAAAUCGCAGUUCUGUUGGUUGUUAUUGAAGAAAAACAACCAUUGCGGUAAGGUAUUUGGUGGGUUGUAAUAGAUUUCAUGGACUAUUCAUUAUAGUUCUUCAAAAUGGCUUCCUUUUCCGUUGGUUCCAAUGAUGGGUUUUUGAUUACUCAAAAGAACAAUCCUUUGGGGAGAUAUAGAAAUCUAUGUUGUUCGUUCUCUGUCCCAUGCUGUAGUUCAAUUUCUUUUCCUGCACUGGGGAUCCGUAACUAUCGUAAAUCUCAACAUGGGUUGUUGCGUAACAAUAGGAUUAGGUUACUCACCAUUGAAAACUGUGGAAAUAAGCAUGCCCCUUUGGGAAAAAGAGAGAAUAGGGAUUUACAUAAGCGGUUUUGGUUAAGAUUGCGACCCAGGCUGCGGUUGUUAUCUAGUAGACUGAAAAGGGAUUCCAUUCGAUCAAUGGUAAAUGAAUUUGGAGCACUCUUGCGUAAGCAUCUAAAAAGAGUGACUCUUACAACUGCAAUUUCUGUUGCACUGGGGCUGUGCUAUUUGUUCCUUAAAUUGACAACAAUGCCAUCUCCGAAGAUUGUUCCAUAUUCGGAUUUAGUAACAAGCCUGCAGAGUGGGGUAGUGACGAAUGUUCUCUUUGAGGAGGGAUCUCGUCGCAUAUACUAUAACAUGGACCCUCAACGUCCAAAAAAUACUCAAACAAUUGAAGAAAUAGUGCCUGUGGAUGUUCCAAAUGGGAAUUUGGAUGAUGGAGUUUCCAGCCAAAAUGUUGCAAGAACCCACCAAGGAAUGGGUGUAAGUGCAUUGAGGAAGUUCUCAAGAAACCGAGCUUCUACCCCUGAGUGGCAGUACUCCACAAGAAAGAUAGACCAUGAUGAGAACUUUCUGCUUAGUUUGAUGAGAGAAAAGGGAACUGCAUACAGCUCAGCACCCCAAUCGGUGUUAAUGUCAAUGAGGAGUAUUUUGAUUACUAUUUUAUCUUUGUGGAUUCCUUUAACUCCUCUGAUGUGGCUUCUUUACCGACAACUUUCUGCUGCUAAUAGUCCUGCAAAAAAACGGCGACCUAGUAGUCAGAUUGUCAGUUUUGAUGAUGUUGAGGGUGUAGACGCUGCUAAGGUGGAGCUUAUGGAGAUAGUUUCAUGCCUGCAAGGAGCCAGUGAUUACAACAAACUAGGAGCAAAGUUACCUAGAGGUGUGCUGCUUGUGGGUCCUCCAGGAACAGGGAAGACAUUACUAGCUCGUGCAGUGGCUGGAGAAGCAGGGGUACCGUUUUUCAGUGUUUCUGCCAGUGAAUUUGUGGAGUUGUUUGUUGGAAGAGGGGCAGCUCGUGUUAGAGACCUUUUUAAUGUGGCAAGGAAAUGUGCACCAUCAAUCAUAUUCAUUGAUGAACUUGAUGCUGUAGGAGGAAAGCGUGGAAGAAGCUUCAAUGAUGAACGUGACCAAACACUAAACCAGUUACUGACUGAAAUGGAUGGAUUUGAGUCGGACAUGAAGGUAAUUGUUAUUGCAGCAACUAACCGGCCAGAAGCUUUAGAUGCAGCUCUCUGUCGGCCUGGUCGCUUCUCAAGGAAAGUACUUGUUGGGGAACCAGAUGAAGAAGGGAGAAGGAAGAUCUUGGCUAUACAUCUGAGAGAAGUUCCUCUGGAAGAAGACACACAUCUUAUCUGCAACCUAGUUGCUUCUCUCACCCAAGGUUUUGUAGGUGCUGACCUUGCAAACAUUGUCAAUGAAGCUGCUUUACUUGCUGGUCGCAGAGGCGGUGAAUCCGUGACAAGGGAAGAUAUAAUGGAAGCUAUAGAAAGAGCAAGGUUUGGGAUCAACGACAAGCAGUCAAAUCCUAGUACAAUAAGCAGGGAGCUCAGGAAACUGUUCCCAUGGAUGCCACCUCUAAUGGGUAGUCAGGACUCAAGACAGUAUGCCCUGCAAGGGCCCCUAGGCUAUCAAACUCUGAGCUGAGGAAUAUGUUUACUGUCUCAUUGCUUUUAGUCUUUUACUAUAAUUUAUGUACUGCACAAUUCUUGGUCUGGAAGAAAUUUUGAUUUAUAUUGAUAAUUUUAUUCUCAAAAGAUUAUUAGAUGAAUUAGAUGAAAAUGGUUUACUGUUGUUCCAUGUAUCAGUGCUGAAAUUAACAUCCAGAUGAUAUGCUCUAAUUUUGAUCCA